CCAAAAAAGAAUUCAUCUCUCUCUCUAUCUGCUGUGUCACUGCGGAAUCCGAUUGACACCGGAAUCCGACAUGGAAGAUGAAUAAGAUCCGGUCACUCCGCUUGCUCCUCCCGGAGAUCAUCACCUCCGCCGCGAAUCGGUUAUCCUCCGACGCCGGAGACGGGAGCCCCAUCAGCCUCCUCCUAUGGCGGCGUCAGAUCCUCGACCCCGACAGCACCAUCGUCACCUACUGGAACCACGUCUUCCUCGUCUCCUCCAUCCUCGCCCUCUUCAUCGACCCUCUCUACUUCUACGUCCCUUACGUCGGCGGGCCUGCUUGCAUCGCCGCCAACACGGGCUUCGCCGUCCUCGUUACCUUCUUCCGCACCGUGGCGGAUCUCUUCCACCUCCUCCACAUCCUCAUGAAGUUCCGUACGGCCUUCGUCGCCCCCAGUUCUAGGGUUUUCGGCCGCGGCGAGCUCGUCAUGGACUCCCACGAGAUCGCCAUGAGGUACAUGAAGACCGAUUUCGUCAUCGAUGUCGCCGCCAUGCUUCCCCUUCCCCAGAUUGUAAUCUGGUUAGUGAUUCCUGCGGCGACAAAUGCGAGUGCUAAUCACGCAAAUAGCACGCUUGCCCUUAUCGUCCUCGUCCAAUACAUUCCAAGGCUAUUCAUAAUCUUCCCUCUGAACCAGCGGAUCAUCAAGACAACAGGUUUCAUAGCCAAGACCGCCUGGGCCGGAGCUGCUUACAACCUCCUCCUCUACAUUCUUGCUAGCCAUGUUUUGGGAGCAAUGUGGUAUCUGCUGUCCAUUGGGAGACAAUUCUCGUGCUGGUCUCAAGUAUGCAAGAAAGAGAACGCCCUCCGAGUUUUGGAUUGUCUCCCGAGCUUCUUGAACUGCAAGAGUCUGGAUCUACCAGAACGGCAGUAUUGGCAGAACGUAACUCAGGUCCUUUCCCAUUGCGAUGCUACGAGCAGCACUACCACUUUCAAGUUCGGGAUGUUUGCCGAAGCCUUUACCAGCGAGGUUGCGUCCGAAACUUUCACGGCAAAGUACUUGUACUGCCUUUGGUGGGGUAUAAGGAAUCUUAGCUCCUAUGGUCAGAAUAUAAGCACAAGUAUUUAUAUUGGCGAGACCCUGUUCUGCAUUACAAUCUGUAUUUUCGGGUUGAUCCUUUUCUCCCUCCUGAUCGGGAACAUGCAGACAUCGCUGCAAUCGAUGUCAGUAAGAGUUGAAGAAUGGAGAGUAAAGAGAAGAGAUACGGAAGAGUGGAUGAGGCAUCGUCAACUACCACCAGAUCUCCAAGAACGUGUCCGUAGAUUCGUUCAGUACAAAUGGCUUGCAACCAGAGGGGUCGAUGAAGAAUCAAUCCUCCAGUCCUUACCCACUGAUCUCCGCCGUGAAAUCCAACGCCAUCUCUGUCUAGCCCUCGUCCGGCGUGUUCCAUUUUUCUCGCAAAUGGAUGAUCAGCUUCUUGACGCCAUUUGUGGAUGCCUAGUUUCGUCUCUAAGCACUGCUGGAACUUACAUCUUUCGAGAAGGCGACCCAGUUAACGAGAUGUUGUUCAUCAUCAGAGGACAACUAGAAAGCUCCACCACAAAUGGAGGAAGAUCUGGUUUCUUCAAUUCUAUCACUCUGAGACCUGGAGAUUUCUGCGGUGAAGAACUUCUUACAUGGGCCUUAAUGCCAAACUCUACCCUCAACCUUCCUUCUUCAACUCGAACUGUCCGUGCCCUCUCUGAAGUUGAAGCCUUUGCCUUGAGCGCCGAGGACCUAAAAUUCGUUGCUCAUCAGUUCAAACGGCUUCAAAGCAAAAAGCUACAACACGCAUUCAGGUACUACUCACACCAGUGGAGAACAUGGGGUGCAUGUUUUAUACAAUCCGCAUGGAGGAGAUACAGAAGAAGAAAACUGGCGAAAGAGCUCAGCCUGCACGAGAAUGAGGCAUACUAUUACACAGGAGAAGACGGGUACCGUGAAAACGAAGAAGAAGAGACGGGUGAAUACUACUACGGGAGUGGAAGCGAUGAUGGCGGAGAGAGAUUAUCGAGGGACAGUGGGCACAACAAUCAGAACCUGGGAGCCACCAUCUUGGCCUCGAAAUUCGCGGCAAACACGAAAAGAGGGACCAAUCAGAAGGUCUCUGGCAGUAGUAGUAGUGGUACUUCUGGCAAAGAUAGUUCUUCUAGCAGUUUGAAGAUGCCUCAGCUGUUCAAACCAGACGAGCCUGAUUUCUCCUUAGACAAAGAAGAGGUUUAGCCUUAGAGUCUUUUUAACUCCUUUUAGUUAGAAACCACUUUAGAUAGAUUUGCAUUACGUGAAUACCAUGUUCCUGUUCUUCUUCUUUCUCCUUUUGUUUUUUUAUUCUUGUGGGUAUCAAAGUAUAUAGCAGAGGAUGUAGGAAGACGACAGCUACAUUGUAUUGUUUCAAAAUUAUCAAUGUUGUUGUGUUAUACUUUUGCUCAAGUGUGAAUCUUUG